AAACAUUAAUAAAAGACAGAUGGCUUCAUGUAGAGUGCUUGAUAUUUACUAAAUAUCUUGCAGUGCCGGUUUCUGUUCUGUAUUUGGAGUUUUAACAACCAAAGAAUUCAUCCAACGAUUUUUUGUUUACUCCUUAAUAACAAACAAGUCAACAAAGAAAGAGCAAGCCAUGUUAAUAACAUACAUAUCUUCUUUCAUAUAAUCCACUCAAAUUUAAAUUGAAUUCUACUUGUUACCAAAAGAAAAAAAAACUUCAAAGUCAGGAUUAAAAAAAAGUAUAUCCCAAUGGCGCUAACUGGAAUCGAAUACCUUGUCAUAGCCUUAUAUUUCUGUCUAUUUGGUCCCACAUCAUCUCAGGAAAGUAUUUGUUCAACCAUGCAGUUCCGUCGUUUGGGAUCUCAGCUUCAAAAUGAACACCAAUGUAUGAUAUUAGAGAAACUACAAGCUGAUGUAAUUGAUGGUCAUUCAAGAAAUGAAAAGAACUUUGCUCUUCUCAUUCAAAAUAUGAACAUUCUUGAAGCCCGUAUAAAUAAGUACAAUUUUUAUAACCGGAGAGGAACUUCGAAAGUAACAUACGCUAAGGACUUUCCAGCUUUGAAAGGAAUUCCCAUGGCCAGAGAUUGUUAUGAACUGUAUCGAAAUGGUAUCCGAAUAUCUGGAGUUUACCCAAUUAAAAUACCAAAGGGUUCAGUUCAGAAUGUUUGGUGUGAGCUGGAAGAAGAAAACAGUGGGUGGACUGUCAUUCAAAGAAGAAGGGAUGGUUCAGAAAACUUCACACGGAAAUGGAAUGAUUAUGCAUUUGGUUUUGGUAAUGUUAACGGUGAAUAUUAUUUCGGUAAUGAAAAUAUUCAUAAAAUGACUAAGAGCGGUAAUUAUACAUUGCGAAUAGAACUUAGUGACUGGGAGAAUGACACUGCUUACGCUCAAUAUACAUCAUUUUAUAUAGACAGUGAGAAAGAUGGCUACAAGUUACACGUUAGUGGUUAUAACGGCACAGCUGGUGAUGCCUUAAAUAAAUACCACAACGAUAUGCUGUUUAGUACAAUAGACAAAGACAAUGAUGAGUGGACAGAGCACUGUGCAUUAAAAGACCGAUCAGGUUGGUGGUUCCGAGCAUGCGGGUUUAGCUCUUUGAACGGAUUAUAUACUGUAGGUGGUAAAAUUGAUGCAAUACCAAAUGGGCUGAUCCGGGGUAUUAUUUGGUAUAACUGGAAGAAGGAUUUUGGUUAUUCUCUGAAAAUGUCAACUAUGAAAAUAAAACCUUAUGCUGGUGUACUACUGGAUAGCGAGAAGGCGAAAAAAGAACUAAAGGAGGAAAUAAGGAAAAAAAAUUCCACAAAUGAAGAACUAGGAAUGUUGACAGGUUAAACAGAAGUUUAAACGGCACAAAACUUAACUGAAUGAAUAUUAAUACUUAAAUCCAUACAAUGUGAUUCACAAACAUAAUUCUGUUUCUACUUUCGAUAUAUCUAAACCUUUGAAUAAAAGCACAACAAACCAAAAUGUACAAAGCAUUUUGUUGAGACAUACUAUAUGUUUAAAGGAUAAUCUUCCUUUUAUUCUUUCAUUCUUUUACUUGUUUCAGUCAUUUGACUGUGGCCAUGCUGGAGUACUGCCUCUAGUCGAACAAAUCGACCCCAGGACUUAUUCUUUGUAAGCCUAAUACUUAUUCUAUCAGUCUCUUCUGCCAAAUUGCUAAUCUACAGAGAUGUAAACACACCAACAUCGAUUGUCAAGCGAUGGUGGGGGAACAAACACAGACACACAAAUAUAUAUGGCGGGCUUCUUUUGGUUUCCAUCUACCAUAUCAACUCACAAAGCUUUGGUCGGCCUGAGGCCAUAGGAGAAGGUGCCAUGCAGUGGGACUGAACCCAGAACCAUGAGGUUGUGAAGCAAGCUUCUUACCACACAGCCAUGCCUGUAUAUUUAUAUAUAGUAUGCUGUUGAGGAAAUAAAUAAAAAUAGUGUACAAGUGUAUAUAUAAACCUAUUGAAGCAUAUAUAUUUCAGUAAUAAUGUCAGAGUUCUAUUGAAAAAUAUAUUAUGUUGGGUUAUUUACAUACAUGCUCACUCAAAUAUAUUUAUACACAUACAUC